ACUUCAUGUCUUAAAAAUUUGUUAAUGUCAUGAAAUGAAAGAAGAAACAUAAUAAAACGUUUUGGUUAUAAGAUAUACCGACCAUAACACAAAAGAAGAAAAAAAAAAUAGAGAGAAGAUGGUGGCGUACUAAGACUGUAGAAGAUUAAUGAGUGAAGGGAAAGAUGGCUUUUUAAAUGUAUUUUAUAUUUCCCCUUUGAGCGAGAAAAGAGUUGCAGAGAGAUCUUUGAGUCUGACACAGAGACCAAACUCACAUAGCAAUCACACACACACACACAUCUCCAUAAAACAUAGCUUGAGAUGAUCAUGAAACACGUGCAUCAUCAGAUCUCUAUCAAUCCAGCUUGGUGAAAAGAAGAUCAAGAAACGUCACCUUUUUAUUCGUGAGUAACAAGUAUAUACUAAUAAGAUGGCUGCCUACUUCCACGGAAACCCAUCGGAGAUCUCAGCCGGACCUGACGGUGGUUUACAGACGUUGAUCCUCAUGAAUCCAACGACCUACGUUCAAUACACUCAACAAGACGACGACUCAAACAACAACAACAAUAGCAACAACAACGCUAACAACAACAACAGUUUUGUCUUCCUCGAUUCUCACGCGCCGCCGCAAAACGCGAGCCAGCAGUUCGUUGGAAUACCACUCUCAGGCCACGAAGCUGCUUCCAUUACAGCCGCCGACAACAUCUCUGUACUUCACGGAUACCCUCCACGCGUGCAGUACAGCCUCUACAACAGCCACCAAGUGGAUCCCACUCACCAGCAAGCCGCGUGUGAGACUCCACGCGCGCAGAGAGGCUUGUCUUUGAGUCUCUCGUCUCAACAGCAGCAGCAGCAACAACAACACCAGACUCUCCAUCACGUCGGGUUCGGGUCCGGACCAGGAGAGGAUAUACGGGUCGGACCAGGCUCUACAGGAUCGGGAGUAACAAACGGGAUAGCGAAUCUUGUGAGCUCUAAGUACUUGAAGGCUGCGCAAGAGCUUCUAGACGAAGUAGUCAACGCUGAUUCUAAUGACAUCAACAUUAAAUCCCAACUCUUCUCAUCGAAGAAAGGGACUAGUGGAACUGAUAAUAAAGCUGUCGGAGAAUCCUCUACCGGCGCCGGAGAAGGUUCUGGUGGCGGAGGAGAAGCUUCCGGGAAACGUACGGUGGAGCUAGGAACGGCGGAGAGGCAGGAAAUACAGAUGAAGAAAGCAAAGCUUAGUAGUAUGCUUCACGAGGUGGAGCAGAGAUACAGACAGUAUCACCAACAGAUGCAGAUGGUGAUCUCAUCGUUCGAGCAAGCGGCAGGAAUAGGUUCCGCGAAGUCAUACACGUCGCUCGCACUGAAGACCAUAUCAAGACAGUUCCGGUGCUUGAAAGAAGCGAUCGCUGGUCAGAUAAAAGCGGCUAACAAGAGCCUUGGGGAGGAAGAUUCUGUCUCUGGUGUUGGGACGCUUGAAGGGUCGCGGCUCAAGUUCGUAGACCAUCACUUGAGACAGCAGAGAGCUCUUCAGCAACUUGGAAUGAUUCAACAUCCUUCCAAUAAUGCUUGGAGACCUCAACGUGGUCUACCUGAGCGAGCCGUCUCAGUCCUCCGUGCUUGGCUCUUUGAACACUUUCUUCACCCAUACCCUAAGGAUUCGGACAAGCACAUGCUAGCCAAGCAAACAGGUCUCACUAGGAGCCAAGUCUCGAACUGGUUUAUAAACGCUAGAGUUCGGCUAUGGAAGCCAAUGGUGGAAGAGAUGUACACGGAGGAGAUGAAGGAGCAGGGAAAGAACAUGGGAUCCAUGGAGAAGACACCUAAUAUGGAUCAAAACAACGAAGAUUCUGCUUCUAAAUCAACAAGUAACCAAGAGAAAAGCCCCAUGGGAGGAGGAGGCGCUGACAAUUACCAUAUGAAUCCUAAUCACAAUGGUGACCUAGAAGGCGUCACUGGAAUGCAAGGAAGUCCCAAGAGGCUACGAACAAGCGAAGAGACAAUGAUGCAGCCUAUAAAUGCGGAUUUCAGCUCUAACGAGAAGCUCACAAUGAAAAUUCUAGAAGAAAGGCAAGGGCUAAGAUCAGACGGUGGAUACCCUUUCAUGGGGAACUUCGGACAAUACCAAAUGGAUGAGAUGUCAAGAUUCGAAGUAGCUGUGUCUGACCAGGAGCUCUUAGCACAAAGGUAUUCAGGAAACAAUAAUGGUGUGUCACUCACGCUAGGCUUACCUCACUGUGAUAGCUUGUCGUCCACGCAUCAUCAGGGUUUCAUGCAGACUCACCAUGGGAUUCCGAUUGGGAGAAGGGUGAAAAUAGGAGAAGCAGAUGAUUAUGGAGCCGCCGCCUUAAACGGUGGCGGAGGCUCGGCCGCAACCGUGCAUUCAUCAGCCACAGCAGCCGCUGCUUACAAUGGGAUGAACAUACAGAAUCAGAAGAGAUAUGUGGCUCAGUUAUUGCCUGACUUCGUUGCUUAAACCCAUGAGCAACCAACAAAGGUUAUUUAUACAUUAGUAUAUAGUUUUUCUUAUACCAUUGAACCAAAACAAAGAACAAAAUUUAAUUUUAGUCUUUGGUUAUAUAUGGCCGACGGUUGUAUAUCGAUUUUUGUAAUUUGUUUUUCUUUUUUAUUGGGGGAUGGAUAGAAUUAUAUGUAUAUGGGAUUAGUUACGUGUAAUAGCUUGCUUUUGGGUGUAUACCAACAUAUAUUUUUACUUUUUAUUGUAUUGUAAUAAUAAGAUA